AUGGCAAGCUAUGAACAAGACAGACAAAAGAAACGUCGCCUUACAAAAGACGGCGACUACGUAGAUACAUCGAAGCCGACUGCCUUCUUUAAGCCUAUCCAGGGUCGGGACUGGACCAUAUCCGUAGCCGUUCCGGGAAGCGUUCUCUCAACCUGUCGCCGAGAUGACCAACGUACAGGAGUUGUUUCACACAUCGCGCGUGCUCUUGCCGUGUUUAGCAUAGACGAAAUCGUCAUAUUUGAUGACUCGCAUCCGGACACGCGACCUAGGAACAUCGACCCUGCUGGAUACACAGGCGAUCUCGACCCCUGUGGGUACCUCGAUCAUCUAUUGCAAUAUCUGGAGAUGCCGCCGUUUAUGCGACGAACACUACUACCCAUUCACCCUAAUCUAAGAGGUGCGGGGCUUAUGUCAAGCUUGGAUAUCCCUUCACACCCGCACUCUACCGACUGGUUGCCGUAUUGCGAGGGUGUGACGGUGACUGGAGCACCGAAAGGUGGUAAAGGGACGCUCGUGGACGUGGGUAGAAAGGAGCUAGUGACUAUCAGUGACGAAAUCCCCCCAAAGACCCGAAUUACUCUUCAGAUUGACGAAAACGAUUUAUCAAGGGCGGAGCCAGUAGAUCCUAGCACACCACGAGUUGAAGGGGGUUACUACUGGGGCUUCUCAGUGCGACGUUGCGAUUCGCUCGCAAACGUGUUUGAAGAGUGCACCUACGAGGGUGGCUACGACUUAAACAUCGGAACAUCGGAACGUGGUAUCUCUAUAUCAGAAGCGUUUCCGGAGCGAAAGAAGAAGGAUGCGGUGGCCUUCAAUCACCUUCUAAUUGUCUUUGGUGGACCUCGAGGCCUUGAGAAUGCCGCAGAAAACGACCCGCAAUUGAACGGGAUGGGAAUUGUCAAGGGGAGAACGAAGGAACUGUUUGAUCAUUGGGUCAAUAUUCUGCCAGGACAAGGAAGCAGAACUAUCAGGACGGACGAAGCACUAUUUAUCGGUUUGUCAGGCUUACGGAAAAUAUGGGAAGGAAGGUGA